UUGAAUGUACAUUUAAGCUCCACAAUGAAUGUUCUAUGUUGAAAAGUUAGAAAACUGAGGAUAACUAAAUGUAGAUCGACAGUUUGUAAUUGCUGAACUCUAGAUUUCUUGCUAAACUAUUUAUUAGAACCUACAUUUUUAAAAUGAGUAGGAUUAUUCAAGUGUUAUUAAGAAAGAUUAAAAUUAUCAGAAAUCGGCAGCUGAUCAAGCGACCGUUAAUCCUAUUGACACUUCUGCUGGUGAUAAUCUUCUCCAUUCGAUUGCUGCCAGUCCACAUGGUCUCACUGCCGGACAUUUACAGCGCCUAUCGCGUGAGCUCAGAGUUUCACCACCAGGUCACCGCACACCGACGGUUCCUGUUCCUCACGGACCCCAUCAUCAGCACCUGGCACCAGGAACCUGCAGACCUCACCUACUACCUCAGGAAACGGGACUCCCUGUUCAACGUGGCCAGAAAUCCCGAGGGGUGA